UGUAUGACAUCAUCAUGUCGGUUUCGUGAACAUAAACACCUACAUUUAGUUUUGUUGAAUUCUAGUUAUACUGCUAAAUAUGUGAAAUCGGUAAAGUGUUUAUAGAUUUAAGAUCAAUAUGACGGAAGAACGCACGGAUGUGCUUAGUCUAACGGACGACGAAGAUAACGAUGAUUCGGAUUUCGAAUCUUCAUUGCCAGAGUUCCAAGACACUUUGAGUAAAUGGACAAAUUAUUUACAUGGUUGGCAAGAUCGAUUCAUUGUUUUAAAAGACGGAACUCUUAGUUAUUAUAAAUCAGAGAAUGACACAUCGUAUGGAUGUAGAGGGGCAGUUAGUCUUUCCAAGGCCACAGUCACGCCCCACCAGUUUGAUGAGUGCCGUUUUGAUGUAGGAGUGAAUGACAGUGUUUGGUAUCUGAGGGCCAAGGAUGAGGAAGAAAGACAGAAAUGGAUAAAUGCCAUUGAGCUGCACAGGCAAGCUGAGUCAGGAUAUGGCAGUGAAAACAAUUUACGUCGUCAUGGAUCUCUCAUGUCACUUACGUCAACAUGUAGUAUGUCCACCACGUCCACUUCCUCUUUUAAAAGGGGGCGUGGUCUGUCGGAGAAAGUGGCAGAAAUGGAAACAUUCCGAGAUAUCCUAUGUCGUCAGAUUGACACAUUACAGGGCUACUUUGACAGCUGUGCAUCUGCUGUGUCACACGGUGCUGUCCAAGAAUUGCAUGAAGAUGACAUUGGGGAUCCAGAUGACCCCCAUGAUGCAUCUGGAACAGAUCAGCAAGGUCAAAUAUUCAACAGUCCAAAGGGCAAAGAUUUAGCAUCAAUAUUACAACAACAUGGGGGCCAUGCAGUGGAUUUCAAAGGAGAGGCCCUGACAUUUAAAGCCACCACAAUGGGAAUUAUACACACCCUAACCCACUGUAUUGAACUGAUGGGUCAGAGGGAAGAGGCAUGGAAAAAGAGACUGGAAAAGGAGGUUGAAAGAAGAAAGAAGUUUGAGGAAGCUUACAAGUCAGCAUCCUUGGAAAGAGGAAAACAAAAGCUCAUCAUAGGGGGACCUGACUUUGAGGAAGGUCCCAACUCCCAGAUGAAAGAGGAAGAAUUCUAUGAUGCCGUUGAUGCAGGCUUAGACAAACUAGAAGAAAAGUUUGAUGAAAUGAUGAUUGAGAAAGCCACAGAACCUGCUCAUCAUUCCAAGAUAUCCUUGAAUUCACAACAUCCAUUGUAUAAUGAGAUAAACCAGCUUGUGGAGAGCCACCUGAAGAGGAUGGAUGAGAAGACAGAGGGAGGGGAAGACACCUGGCAGGUGAUCGCUGAGGAGGGAGACCUCAAGGUGUAUAAAAGGGAGCUAGAAGUAGAUGGUGUUGUCAUCGACCCCCUAAAGGCCUCAUAUGUUGUCAAGGGUAUUACUGGUCAUGAGGUUUGUCAUUACUUCUGGAGCAUUGAUGUACGCUUGGAUUGGGAUGCCACCCUUGAGUCCAGUGUCUGUACUGAAUGGUUGGCAGAAGACACUUUUAUUAGUCACAACGUCAUUAAGAGGGUGUGGCCAGCCUCACAGAGAGACGCCCUCUUCUGGUCACACCUCCGUCAUGUGACAGGGAAGAAUGACGAGGAUCCUGACAGGUGGAUUGUCGUCAAUUACUCAACAGAAGACAGCAAAAUUCCCAAUAAGUAUGUGCGAGUUAAAAUGAAUGUAGCCAUGAUAUGUGAGACCAUUAUUGAUCCACCAGCUGAUGGCAAUAUCAGUCGAGAUGACAUCAAGUGUAAAAUCAGCUACACAGCAGAGGUUAACCCUGGUGGAUGGGCUCCAGCUUCUGUGUUGAGAGCCGUGUACAAGAGAGAGUACCCCAAGUUCCUCAAACGAUUCACUGGCUACGUCAAGGACACUGUCAAAGAUAAACCUAUCCUAUUCUAAACACUGCUUCAUAACUUCUUUAUUGUGCCUUCUUGUCUCGGUUACUUAUUGAAAACUACUGUAGCUUUUCUGCUCUAGGAAAUUUCAGCUUGUCUGGUUUGUUCCUAAAGGAUACCAGAUCACUACAUGUACACUGUAUAUACUGUAUUCAUAUGGGACAUUUGGAAAAUCACUGGUGAAUGUCAAGGUAAUAAAUGUUAUAGCAGGGCUUAGAAAAUUUUGAUAAAAAAUAUAUCCAAAGAAAGGCAAAUAUUGUACAAACUUUGUAAAAAGUUUUUAAAAAAAUGUUGAUACAAGUACAGUGUAUAUAUGUUUGUUUAUACAUAAAUCAAUAAUUAAUAUUGUAUAUAUUAUGGGAUAUAUUUUAACUUGAUAAGAAACGUUAAUUUAUUGUGUAUAAUUCAUGUAUAUUGUAGCUACAUGUAACUUAGAAAAACCAGAUCGAGUGCCAUGUACCCCUUUUUGGUUUUACCUAUUGUACGCUAUAUAGGUACACCAAUUAAAAAAAAUUUGGAUCCCAGGAAGUAAUUGCUAUGGAUUUCUUUCAGUUUUAAAACAAAGCAUAUUGGAGAAAAGUAAACAAUGAGCAAGGUUCACUUAGGACUUUUUUGGCCCUGUUAAAUUCUAAAUAUUCCAAACUGUUCAAUUUUAGGUGACAACACAAAAAGUAUUAUUUGGACACUUUGUCAACACAUGUAUUACAUGUAUUAAAGGAAGAAAUUUUCUCUUUGGUGUAUUUUCUAUGAUGUCAUGAAUUGCAUCAUUUAAUCCCAUUCACAGAUAGUAUUGUGCAAUAUAGAGCACAAACUGUGAUCCAAAAGGUUUAGUAAAUAUUGAUAGAAUGGUAACAUAAGUUUAUAAAGCAUGAUUUAUUUUAUUGGAUUGAGGGAUGUGCUUAAAUUUAAAUUCUUUGUCAAAUGUACCAAGAUGGACCAAUUUUCUGAAAAAAUCAAGGACUUCCUAAUUUCACAAAGCCUGUUUUCCAAUAUAUGGACCCACAGUAGAAAUUUUUCUUAUAUGUAGUGAAAGCAUGAAGUCUCUAUUUUUUAUAUUAAUGUUUGAAAUUGGAGAUUGGGUGAGAAUUGAAUUCAUAAACAGGAUUAUAAACAGGGCCAUUUUAUGCACAAAGCGAACCUAGCUCUUUAUAUAAGUUGACAUAGAAUAUGAAUUACUUUCCAUGUAUGAUAAAUAAUUUUAUGAAUCCUUUCUAUGAAAGAUGAUUUUUAGUGAACUUGGGGCCAUUAAUAGGGGGACAAUUUACUAUAGGUAUUUAUGUAUAUUUUUGAUUAUUAUUCAGCUUUUCAAUGAAGACCCUAGAUGCUUGUACAUGCCCAUAUUCAUAUUUUAAUUCAGUAGAAUUUUAUGACACUGUAGAAAUGCUCAAUAUUCUUUUAAACUCAGCAUUUCAAAACAAACAGCAGUAGUAAAUUCAUUUUUUUUCAUUCAAUAUUUUGAUAAAUGAUAAUUGUGCAAAAGUUUUAAAAAUUUCCUGAAAAUUUGGUGAUGGUAAGAUAUUAGUUUCUGGUUUAAUGAUAGUUUUAGAGUACUGGAACAUUUUUCUGAAUUUUCAUUUCAGUUAUAAAUUGUAGUGAUUCGGGGCAUGAAUACAUGCAUGAAUGAAGGGAGAGAAUGGUUUUUGUAACUGACAUAUAUAAAUUUAUUAGGUACAGAUUUCCUUUCCUUUUACUGAAGUUUCAUUUCAUCUGUAAUAAAAUUCAGGAGCAGUGAUCGAAUUACAGUAGAGAUUAAACUUUAAAUAAACAUUGUAUGUUUUUUUGAUAGAUAAAAGCAUUUACUACAUUUGUUUUAUAUUUACAUUUCAUCUACUUAAGGGCAAAUUCAAGCUAUUUAGAACCUUUUUUUUGCUUUGUAUGCAUAAUCAUUCAAACAGCCCACAUCAUUAAUUUGUGCUGCACCAUGUCACUUCACACAUUAAAGCUUGGUUUUGUUAAUAUCUGCACAUUGUAAAUUAGCCCAUUAAAUCCGAUUAGAAUUCCAUGAUAUACACUGCAUUCUUGGGGAUAAUGAAUAUUGUUUUCAUUAUAACCAGGUAUUGACUAUAUCUGUGUUCACAGUAAUCAGGUUUCACUGUAUGAGGGUAGUAUUAUCUUUUCCCACUGAUGUAAUCCUUACAUAUGUUGCACUUGAUUUGUGAAUUUUGCACGUUGAAUUUGUUUUUUUGUGAAAUUGUAGAAAGAGUGCAUGAAUACUAAUAAUCUAUUAUUUUCUUCUGUAAGUUAUUUCAUUUUAAAAUUAUUCAGUUAUUAUUGUGAGAUGACUAGUCAGAUUAUAUCUGGAUUAAAACAUCUAAAUAACAGAAAAUUUAAAACUUUUAGAUAAUAUACAGGCAUGUUAUCUAGUCUAACUUACAUUAAAAUGUUGGUCUUCUUAAAAAAGUUGACCAGAAUUCCUGUCCUUUAAUAGGUCAAAGGCCAGUAGAUUUUCUUUUUAAUGUACCUAAAGGAGUUCUUACAACUUUUAAAUUUAGAAGAAUUUUUUAAGUUAUAAGAAAUUUCAAUAAAUAGAUGAAAUUUUCAGUAUUCACUCUGUAUGCAACCCUCAUUGAUUACUUGAUUUGAGUUGUGAUUUGUGUACAUUGUACUUAGUUUUUUUUUUUUCUUUUUUGAUUGAAUGAGAUAUUGGUGCAUAGAAAUUUUUAAUGCAAAAUUGACAGUAUUUGAAAUAAGGUAAUAAAUGGAGGACCAUAGACUAUCCACCCAUAUAGAGAUUAUUUUCUUGUUCUCAUGAUGUUUCCUUGUUAAUGACUUUAGGUUAAUUAAUGUAUGGUGGUUACAAUCAUUUUAUAAUGCAGUAGCAUUCAAAACCAUUGUUAUAUAUAGAUGUUGCCCAUUCCUGAAAAUUGAUUGGUGUUAUGUAGUGUUACCUCCCUUGACGUGUUAUAAAAUAUCCGUACAAUCAGUGAUACUUAUGUACAUUUUUCUUCAUGUUUAUGUAUACAUUGUAUAUUAAUAAAACUAAUAAAAUUUGUACAUACAUGCAUAAA